CCAGCCAGUGUCAUGUCAUGUUACAAAAGUAUCUUCCUUCUCUCCCUCCCUCCCUCCCUCCCUCCCUCGAGCAUCCGACCGACGAACCAACGAACGAACGACAGACUCUCUCUGUAGUUUCCUUCCCCUCAAGAAUCCUUCCUCUCUCAUGCGCUUUGCAUCGGCAGACACACCGGGAAGCAGCGGGACAGGCGAGGGCAACCGAACGGCUCAGAUCGGCUGCCCUAGCCUAGCCUUCUGAAAUCCGGUGCAUCUGCUCUGCACGACGGCGCACACGAAGCAACGACUGAACUACAUGAUACAUCGACGAUACGUCAUUCCCCCCCUCUGGGCGCUUGGCUUGGUUUCCGUCCUCCUGUGUUGCGCAAGCAUAACACCCCAUCGUCAUCUGGCCAUCGUGUUGCUUCGUGUACCGAUGUGGUCGCCAAUUUGCGCACACAACAAGAAAAACGAUCAACCCAGACAGCGAAUUCCACCCUUUCCACUCUUUCGCUUUGCACUCGAUCAUCGCUGGCUCUCUCCUUCACCCUCUCGCUGCAUUCGUUCACUCGUCCCUUCCGUCCGUCCCUCCCCUUUGCCUUGGGCAGCCUGGCCCUCUCCCUCUCUCUCUCACGGACAUGCAGGUGUGUGCAACACAGACAGACAGAGACAGAGAGACAGACAGGUCGCCCAAAAAGACUUGCCCGCCUGGCCUGGAUGGCACGUCGUUCCAGCCAGCGUCACAUCCGUGUUUGGAGUGAUGACGCAGACAGACAGACAGACAGGCAGGCAAAACCACAAUCAGCCCUUCCACACCCCAACCCAGCCCACGGAGACGACAGACAGCCAGCCAGCCAGACGGACAGAUGUACGUCCGGUAGGUAUCUUCACCCACGACACGAAGGGAUCGGAUCAGGAAGCACAAGCAUCCAAUCCAUGGCAUGCACCAGCCAGGCAGCAGUUGGUUGGGUUCUCCCAGUCAGGUAGUCAGGUAGCAACAAGUAUGAAUCAUUUACAGUGCAUAUGAAUGCAGCGAUGUUUGUCUCUGUGUGUGUGUGUGUGUGUGGUUGCGUUGUGUUGUGUGCAUCCAUCUACUCUACUAAGCAGUGAGGUAAGUACAUGCAUUGCAAGUGAGUGAGAUGUGAGGCGAGAUGAGAUGAGAUGAGAUGAGAUGAGAGUGCGAUCGGUCGGUCGGUCGGCCGGUAUGUAACCAUGUGUGUGACGGGUGUGGUGUGAUGACGGCACGGUCAGCCAGGUUAGUUAGAACAAUGGCGCAAAUCACUUUGACUCGCGCAGCCCCAGUCAGCCAGUCAGUCGAGGAGGACGUCACGUCCCUUGCUCAACGUCAUCGUCCUCUCCUCUCCUUCCCCCUUGCCCUUCGGGUCUUCCCUCUACUAGUAGCACACACCAUGACAUCCACACACACACGCACACACGCACUGGAGGGAGGGAGGGAGGGAGGCACAUCAGUCACAUUGGAAAAAGAACAAACGACGAGUCAAAAAAAUCCGUUUGCCCAGUCAUAGGUACAGGCCCCAGUCAUUCUGUUGUGCAUUUCUGCAUCCACUGCAUCCAGCCUGCCAGCCAGCCAGUCAGUCGUUGGUUCGGAAAUCAAUUUCUUGCGUCAGUCACGACAAAGUACUUGAAGAAAAAACAACGACAGAAAGAGAAAAAACAACCAACCCAGCAGCGUAGCAUUCUUUGUGCACCCAGACAGACAGACAGACAGAGAGAAAGAGAGAGAGACAGCCAGCCGGGAGUGUGUGUGUUGAGUGUGUGUCUUGGUCCGACCAUCCGUGAGACCAAAGAAUCCAUGGGUGGGCGAGUGAGUGAGUGACCCCCUCUCCUCCCUCCUCCCUCCCCCCUCCUUUCCCUUUAACAUACGUACGUAUGUAUGUGUCGUGUUGACAGUACAUACAGACAUACAGGUGUCUAGCUGGCUGGCUGGCUGGCUGCGCGACGGAUGGAUGGAUGGAUGCCAUCUAACCCGACCACCAGAACAACUGUCGCCUGCACACAGAUCAGACACACACAGCACAAACAAAAGGGUACGUACGUCCACAUGCCAUGGAUGCGCCCCGGUGGUUGGUUGGUUGGUUGGCCACUGACUGACUCACCCACCAGUUGAAUGUGAAGGGAGGCGGCCACGGCCCGUCGUACGCCGGCAACGUCGCCGUGCCUCUCCCCCCACCAGCACUCUCACCCCUACUCUCCUCCCUCCCCUCUCCCUCUUGCUUGUCCACCUUGACCCACUCAUGUCCUAGAGAGCCGUCACCAGCAGCGUUGGUGGUGAACCUGACGCCCCUGCCCUCCUCUCUCUCCACCGGGCCUAUGAUCUCGAAGGUGUCCUGGUGGUGGUCCACACCCUGCUGCUGCUGCUGGUGGUGGUGCAUGUGUGGGUUGCGUGAUGACGAGCGUGACGAGAGCGGCAGGGCGGCGGAGCGGGUGACGUGUGGCACGUGGGGUGGCUGGUCCUCCUCGGGGAUGGGGGGCGUCACGAUCGUGUCGGGCAGAGUGUCAUCAGACGGCUGCACGCACAAACCUGCAACAAGGAAGGACGGAUCAGGCAGGCGACAAGCCAUUGUCUGUCUGGUGGUCGCAGUGUGUGCCCUCGCGGCUUGCCUUGCCCACCUACCUUGUCCCACAGGGUGCUGGCCCUCCUCGAUUUCGAUCUCCUCCCUAUUUUCCUCCUCCUUGCCCCCAUCAGCCGCCCCCUCACAUGCGUCCACAGCCUCAGAAGCAGCAGCUGCUGCUGCGGCACCAACACUGACCUCUCCCUCCCCCUCCCCCUCGCCGUUGGCCAUGCGCGACGAAGACGACGACUCGAGUGCGCGCAGCUCCUGCAGCUGUGAGGGGCCCAGGUUGAUGACGGGCGUCUUGCGUCGGCCCCGCACCCGCAGCUGGCGCAGCUGACGUCGCACAGGGUUGUAGAACUCGGGGUCCGAUCGGUACAGCUCGUCGCGCCGCUCGUCCACCAUCCCCGCCGUCUGUGGGUCGAACGACACAACGGGGGGCGGCUCACGGGAUGCAGAGCCUGGUGGCACACACGCCCAACACAAUAAAUGACAUUGGUGAGUAUGGGUGGGUGGGUGGAUGGAUGGCCUACUUGCGGCAGCAGCGGCCGAGGUGUCGGAUGUGCCCAGGCUGAGUGCCUGCAGCUCCGCCAGUUGGUCGGGUGAAAGUGGCGGUGGUCCGGUGUUCUUGCGUGUGCGGAUGCGCUGGAACCUGACUUGCUGGCGGCUGGGGGCGUCGAACGAGUCGUCGUUGCCGAUCUCCACGGGCGGGUGAGUCGAGAUGGACGCGCGACGACGGGCGUCCGUACCUGAACCAAGGAAGAGCCAACCAAAACACAUACAUGCAACAUGAGACAGACGGGCCGCCUGUUAUCUCUGUUGUCUCUGCCGACUGACCUCCUGUGUCGGCGGUGCUGGGUUCUCCAGCAGCAGCAGCAGCCGCAGCAGCAGCGGACAUCAUGUCGCCCCGUGCGCUGGCCGCUCCCUGCAGCUGCCGCUGGCGCUGCUGCUCCUCCUCGCUGUAGUAGUGGUAGAACUCGUUCCGCAGCUCAGCCAACUCGGACUCGCUCAAGCGCACGUACCCUGUCUUCUUGCGACGACGACACAACUCUUGCCGCCGGCGGCGGCGGUCCGGAUCGUCGAACGCACUUGUGUCGUCGGGGCCCAGCACGGACGGCGAGCCCUCGGUGAACGACACCUUCCUCGGUAUGCCCCCAUCGCACUCGGGUGGUCGCAGCUCAGCCGCGGCCGCUGCUGCAGCCGAUGUGCUGGUGCUCUCGGCCAUGGGAGUGCUCAUGUCGGCGUCGCAGCACAUGAGGUCGCGCAGCUCAGCCCGCUGCUCGGGGGAGAGGGGGGUGACACCUGUCUUCUUGCGCCCCCGGAUCAUGCGGGCGCGGAGGUCCCGGCGGUCGGGGUGGUAGAAGUCGGCAUCUGGCUCGCCGUCCUCGCCCGCCUGCUGGGAGGGGCCGAAUGACACGUUCUUGCCGUUCUUGCCGACACGGCGGUCACGGUCACGGUCGCGGCCUCCGGGGGGACUCAAACCGGGUGGUCGGUGGCGCAUGUAUGGGUAGGGGUCGUGGUGCUCGUCUGAGGCUGUGAGGUCGUCUUCUGUGGGUGCGAACGCCGCCUGCAGCUCCUCCAGCUGGUCGGCCGUGAGCCGCGUGACGCCAGUCCUCUUGCGCGACCGGAUGAGCUCGCUGCGGCGCUCGCGCCGCUCCGAGCUGAAGAAAUCGUCAUUGUCGUUGUCGUCCUCGUCGGUGUGCAGCCGUCGGUCCUCAAAUGACACGUGGCGGCGCAGUGUGGCGCCCAGGUCCGAGUGGCGGUUGGUGGACUGAGUCGAUGUACCUUGCCGGUGGUCGCCCACCCGGUCGUCAGCCCGCAUGGGGGGCGACAGAAUGCUAACGGUGGCGCUCGCCGUGGCCGACGAGGGGGACCCCUCAUCGUCACCAUCCCGGCCACCCAACCCAUGACCCAUCUCGGAUGGGCUCGAGAGGUCGCUGCUGCCCGCGGAUUUCUUGGAUCGGAGCGCGCUGAGGACGGGCAGCGUGAGGGGUGGGGGGUUGCGCAGGGUGGGGAGGCCACUGUCCUUGGAUGUGCUGUGCUGGAGGGAGCUGGUGCGGCUCAUGAGGGACCGGCGCCUUCGGAGCCGGUUGCGAACCACGCGCUUGCGCUCCUGCGGGUUCGGUGUGCGCAUUUCCUCGUCGUCGCUGCAGGAGCCCUUCUCGGAGAGGCCGAAGGACGAACGGGACGAUAGGGACAGGGCGGGGGAGGGAGCCUCAGCUCCUUCAAUGAAGUGGCGAGUCGUAGAAAGAGCUGCACACACACACAACGCAACACACAACCAACACGUGGAGAAAGAAGUAGUCAUCAGCCCAGCUGGCCCCCGUGUCUGUCUGUGUCUGCGUGUCUCGCUCGCUCACUUGAUGUGCUGCCCAGGUCCAGGAUGUGCCUCACGGCCUGUCCAUAUUGCUUCUUGAGCUCGUCAGCCGAAGGCGCCCGUGGGAAGAGGCUGUCAAUGUCGUCCGAGUCGUCGUCCAUGCUCGAGUAGCAGCUGCCCCACUGGUAGCGGGGACUGAGCACCUCAUACGACUCGCGAAUCACCUCCUCUUGGAACCGCACGUGCUUGGUGGAGGACGGUUCGGGACCCUUGGACAUAGGGUGGAUCGGGUGGGGGUCAGGGGAGUCACACUCGGGCAAAGGACAGCUGCUGUUGGCCAUGUGGUGUGAGCGAGAGGGAGAGAAAUGAGCGUGACGAACGCGUAUCGGUAACGCCUAUGUUGACUGGUUGGUUCCUUUCAACUCGAAAGCACCGGGGACGUCUUCAAAGUGACAAGACAACAUCCUAACGAUCGCUCCGCUUGUUUCAGUUUGGUUUCGGAUGUACCGAUCCACCUCUCUCC